AUGUUUCAGAACUACGAAUGCUAUGUUGAAAAGGAGGCACGUAGAGGGGUCCAGAAUUGCCAAGAAGGAGAUUCCGACAGAGAGCUUGGAGGAGAGAAUAGCUUGUGGGUGCCUAUCUCCGAAGCGGCUAAACAGUGGUGGAGCACAGUGGCACUAGCAGACCCCACAGAUCUCACAAUCACACCUAGGUGGCUCACACCACCACUUCGUUCAUUCACUUUGAUGGGUUACGGAUAUACCGACAAAAUAGGCUGCGCCGUUCAGAAGUGCAACGACAAGUACUUUGUAAAAUGUCGCUACAAGCCAGGAUACUUCGAACUUGGCUGGAAGCUUUAUAAAACAGGUAAACCAUGCGAUGCCUGUGACACCUGUGAGAAUGUACUUUGUGUUGAAUAA